CGCUGCGUCACACCAAACCCAUCCCAGAAAGAAAAAAAAAUCGUUUGCCAAUUCACAAACAACGAUCGAUCUCCUGGGUGUAUGAAGACGAUUCCUUCUCAAUUGCUCAUUCGGUUUGAAUCGAUUUGAAUUUCGGUUCAAAUUGAUCGGUUGCAGCUAAAUUUACAUAUAAAAAACGAAUAUCAUUUCCGUCGCUACUUAGUACCGUGAGGUUCAUCGAAGCUAAAACUAGUGCACAUUUUUAUCGAGUGUAUCAGAGUGUAAAGAUCGAUUUUAGAGCCUAGCAAAGAUGUCUGAUGCCCCAGCCGAUGCACCGCCCGCUGAAGCUCCAGCUGAUGCUCCUCCAGCCGAAGGCGAAGGUGGCGAAGCCCCAGCCGAAGGCGAAGCAGCACCACCAGCAGGACCAAGUCAACCAUCAGAAAAUCCAGUCUUUACAUUGUUCUAUUUCAAUGUAAAAGCAUUGGCUGAACCAAUCCGCUUCUUGUUCGCAUACGGAGCUCAAGAAUAUGAGGACGUUCGUGUAACACGUGACGAAUGGCCAGCUUUGAAACCAACAAUGCCAAUGGGACAAAUGCCCGUGCUUGAAGUCGAUGGACAUCGUGUGCAUCAGAGCAUUUCAAUGGCUCGCUAUGUGGCGAAACGUGUCGGCUUGGGUGGAUCCAACGAUUGGGAGAAUCUUCUGAUCGACACAGCCGUUGAUACAGUCAACGAUUUUCGCUUAAAAAUUGCCGUCGUCUCCUACGAACCGGACGAUGAGGUUAAAGAGAAGAAAAACAUUACACUAACAACAGAGGUCAUUCCAUUCUACUUGGAGAAAUUGGAUGCCAUCGCACAAGACAACCAAGGGCACUUGGCUCUCGGUCGAUUGACCUGGGCUGAUGUUUACUUUGCCGGUAUUUUGGAUUACCUCAACUACAUGGUUAAAGCCGAUUUGAUUGAAAAAUACCCGAAUUUGAAGCGUCUUGUGAACGGUGUGAAUGACUUGGAGCAAAUCAAAGCAUGGCUGGAAAAGAGACCACAAACCGAUGUCUAGAUUACUGCCAAACUCUCAUUUUAUGGCAACCCCGUCCUAUACUCACCACAUUUUACUAUUUAAACAAAAAAUUAACUCUUCUUUCUUUUUUAAAUUACAUUUUCUCUGUUGCCAGAACCGAAAUUUGAUAACAUAAAUAAUUCACGCAUGUAUUUUUACAAAUAUCCACAUUUAUUUGCAUUAUUGCAAUUUGAUUGUCAUUUCAAUUGCGAUUGAGUUGUAAAAACACAUUAAAUAUUAAACAAAUUAAAUAUUACCGUAUCCAUUUCUUUUGAAUCUGCUUAAUUUUCAAUGAUUUUUUCUUCUUCAAAAAUUCCAAUUAUCCAUUUUUGCCAUUAUGAUCCAUGAACCCAUUGGACCUCUUCGCUGAUCAACUAUCUUCGGGAGAGUGCUUCCAAACAGGUUUUCGUUUCUUGAUGAAACUUUGUAUUCCCUCCUGCCCAUCAGUGGUAGCUGCCAGAAGAAAAUUCAAAUUGAACUUAUUAAAGGAAUAAAUCGAAUGUCAUUUAUCCAAAAAAAAA